CCAUGGUAUCACUUUCCUCACACAUCUUCAUUCUUGACUUCUUCCUAUUUCAUCAACAGUACUGAACAUUCUCUUGAUCACCAGCCAUGGUUCUCUCCAAGACAUCUUCAGAAUCUGAUGACUCCGUUCACUCAACCUUCGCCUCGAGAUAUGUCCGAGCUUCACUUCCGAGGUUCAAGAUGCCAGAAAAUUCGAUCCCAAAGGAGGCAGCCUUUCAGAUCAUAAACGACGAGCUCAUGUUGGAUGGUAACCCUAGGCUUAACCUAGCAUCAUUUGUGACCACAUGGAUGGAGCCUGAAUGUGAUAAGCUUAUCAUGGCUUCUAUCAACAAAAACUACGUGGACAUGGAUGAAUACCCUGUCACCACUGAGCUUCAGAACCGAUGUGUUAACAUAAUAGCCCAUCUCUUCAAUGCACCACUUGGAGACUCAGAGACAGCAAUUGGAGUCGGAACCGUAGGAUCCUCCGAGGCUAUAAUGUUGGCUGGUUUAGCAUUCAAGAGAAGGUGGCAGAACAAGAUGAAAGCUGAGGGAAAGCCCUAUGAUAAGCCUAACAUUGUCACCGGAGCCAAUGUUCAGGUGUGUUGGGAGAAAUUUGCAAGGUAUUUUGAAGUGGAGUUGAAGGAGGUGAAGCUUAGAGAUGGUUACUAUGUGAUGGAUCCAGAAAAGGCUGUGAAAAUGGUGGAUGAGAACACAAUCUGUGUUGCAGCUAUCCUUGGCUCCACCCUUAAUGGAGAAUUUGAAGAUGUUAAGCUCUUGAAUGAUCUCUUGGUGGAGAAGAACAAAGAAACUGGAUGGGAUACUCCGAUCCAUGUUGAUGCGGCCAGCGGUGGCUUCAUUGCUCCUUUUAUUUACCCAGAACUUGAGUGGGAUUUCAGGUUGCCGUUGGUGAAGAGUAUCAAUGUUAGCGGGCACAAAUAUGGACUAGUCUAUGCUGGAAUCGGUUGGGUCGUUUGGAGGAACAAAGAGGACUUGCCUGAAGAACUUAUUUUUCAUAUUAAUUAUCUUGGAGCUGAUCAACCCACCUUCACCCUCAACUUCUCCAAAGGAUCUAGUCAAGUUAUUGCUCAAUAUUACCAACUCAUUCGCUUGGGUUAUGAGGGAUACAAAAAUGUUAUGGAAAAUUGCAGAGAUAACAUGAUGGUGCUUAAACAAGGACUGGAGAACACAGGCAAGUUCAACAUUGUCUCAAAAGACAAUGGGGUGCCAUUAGUGGCCUUUUCAUUGAAGGACAAUAGCAGCCAUAAGGAAUUUGAGGUAUCCGAAAUGUUAAGGCGAUUUGGUUGGAUUGUGCCUGCCUACACCAUGCCCCCUGACGCUCAACAUGUUACUGUCUUGCGUGUGGUGAUCCGAGAAGAUUUCUCUAGGACACUCGCCGAACGUCUUGUUCUUGACAUUGAAAAGGUCUUACAUGAGCUUGAGACAUUGCCAUGCAGGAUCAGUACCAAGAUUGCUUUGGCUAAUGAGGAGAAGGAAGCUGCGGCCAAUAAAGAGAAGAGGGAUCUGGAGAAAACAAGAGAGAUUACUACAGUUUGGAGGAAGUUCGUCAUGCAAAGGAAGAUGAAUGGUGUGUGUUAGAGAACGGAAAAAGAUCAUGAUGGAUUGAGCAGGAAUAUUUCACUUUCGCAAUUUUAUUAUCUAUAAUGUUGAGCGUCUUGUCAAUCGGAUUGUUUUUUUUUUUGGUACCAUCUUGAGUUUAUUUAUAGUGCAACUACUUGAUUAUGUGUAUCUUGGAAAUCGAAGAAUGGAUUUAUGCUUCGAAUACUAAUCAAGCAAGGAUCAUGAGGAAUUUAUAUA